AUCAAAUUUUGAGGCCACACAUAUGUAUAUAUAUAUAUAUAUCCAGCUUACAUCAAGCGAAAUUAAUAAAUCCAAACGUCAAACUGGAACUCAAAAAACACCACCAGGCGUCACUUGGCACGAGAUGGGCGUUUACCGUCGACGAUAGGAGGCUGUAGAGGGUGGCGGCAGCGGACUCGGCGGCGGACUCGGAGGUUGGGUUACGGAGAACGUGGGAGAGGGCAUCGAGGAGGCCGCGGGUGGACAUGAGGGUCUCACGGCUGGAGAUGGAGAGGUUAAGGAGAGUGGCGGUGGCGUUCUCUUCAUGGUUCCCUGCCUCGACGAACUGUCCAUCUUUUUAGAGAGAGAAAUGUGUGUUUUGUGUGUGUGUGUGUGAGAGAGAGAGAGAGAGAGAGAUGUUUGUGCUUAUUGUUGAAAUGAAAGUGAGAAACUGAAAGGGAAUGUAAUAGUAUGUAGUCUGCGUAGAAGAUGGUGAGUCCCAGAUAAUAGAAGAAGUGCGGAGUGGAUGAGUGAUGGACGAUUGAGAGAGAGAGAGAGAGUCUGUGGGCAAAACGUUUUUUACUUAUAAACGGGACUUUUUUGUUUUUUAACAGAACUUAAGCUAUGGACAAAUAUGUAGAAAAGAAUUUUUGGUAAUUAAUCUUUUUUUUUUUUUGGUAAUUUUUUUUUAUUCCAAUUUUUUUCUCACACAUGCCUAACACGGACUCACCAUACCCAGCCCGACCCGACCCCCCAUCACCAGGACCACCACCAGAUCGCCACUGAUUUCUCCAGCGCCUUCUAAUUUGUAUAAAUCCAAACCAAACCCAGUGGGAAUGUGGGUACGGCUUUAACGGUGAUCGUGGUUUGGAAGAUGGAUGAUGAGGGAUGUGUUGCCGAAUGUGUGAAAGAGAUGGUUGGUGAUGGGAUUGAUUUGGAUCUGUGUUGGCUCUGAUUAAAAUCAGUACUCGUAUUGCCAAAUGCAAAUAUUGGAUGUUGCUCUCAAGUUGUUCGACGAAAUUCCCCAGAAAGAUACUAUUACAUGGACCUCGAUUAUUGCUAGCUAUUUAACUUAUGACAACUUAGAUAGUCCUUGGGAGUUUCUGAAAUCGUGAGAAGUUGUGGAUUUAUUGAUCUUGGGUUGUGGGUCGGGAGUAUAUUUACUCAUUGUCAAGACAGGCUAUGUGGGAAAUGUUUACUCAUUGGUGGGGGUUUGUGGGGUGUGGGGCUAGCAAUGGUGAUCGUGGGGUGGACAUGGCAAGUGUGGUGGGGCGUGGUGGAUGGUGGUUUGGUAGGGAAGGAAGGGAAAGAUCAAUAAUGUUAGGGAUCAAAAACUCAGACUGAAAAUGAUCAAGAAAAAUUGUGUUGAAUUUGAACCGCACGCAAUUUUUUUUGAUCCAAGUUCUUGGCCCUUGACAUUAUUGAAAGAAAUAUAGAUGUUGUAGUGGGUAUUAAGGGUACUUUUUUGUCUACACAAUGAAAAGAAAAAGUGUAUGAGAAAUUAAAUAUAUUAGUUUGACGACUUUAACAAAAUCUGUUAGGUCAAUUAACAAAAGGGGCAAAGUGCAAUUCAUAAAUAAACUAGUAGGGAGGUUAAUUUCAUUUCAUAAAAAUAUUAGGAGAGAUCUUUGUAAUUGUCAUAAACCCUAAUCAAAUGUCAAUGUACCUUACCUCUUCGUUAUUAAUACCGACAAUAUCAACUUUAGAGUACAAGAAUUAGCUCAAAUCAACGUACCAUCCAAUCAAUUUGCUUGUAUGUUGUAGGUUAUUCAUGAUAGUAGAAAGCAUGGAAUAAUCAAUAAUCAACAGGACUAGAUGCCUCUUCUUGUCUAUGUAUCUCGAGAAAAAAGACCAUCUCACCCUCAUUGUUUCAAGGCUGGAGCCCUCAAUGCUCUCCUACGUACCACAUUUCUAAUCCCUCUAUCUUUUGUUUCUGAAAUUGACAAUUAUAGCAUUGCCAUUGUUAUUGCAGCUUCGAGUUUCUGGGAUAAUGAGCAAUGGCCCCUAUGUGCUAGUAUUGGAUUGUGAUAUGUAUUGCAAUGACCCAACUUCAGCUCGACAAGCAAUGUGCUUCCAUCUUGAUCCUGAGAUCUCUCGCUCUCUUGCUUUUGUUCAAUAUCCUCAAAUGUUCUACAAUGUUAGCAAGAAUGAUAUCAAUGAUAACCAAUCAAGAUCAACUUAUAAGAUGAAGUGGCAAGUCAUGGAUGGGCUAAGAGGCCCUUUGUUCACAGGCACAGGCUAUUCUUUGAAGAGAAAGGCAUUAUAUGGGACUCCAAAUCAAGAAGGUGCUUUUCUUCAUGAGCCAAAAAAAACAUUUGGUUUGUCUAGCAAAUUCAUUGCUUCAUUAAAGGAUAUAAAUGACCAAGACAUCAAUGGAAAGGAAUUUACACAAGAUGUUAUUGUAGAAGAGGCCAUGAUUUUGGCCGGCUGCACCUUUGAGAAAGGCACAAAAUGGGGAAAAGAGAUAGGCUACGCUUAUGAUAGCUUGUUGGAGAGUACAUUCACAGGGUAUCUUUUGCAUUGUAAAGGAUGGAGGUCUGUCUAUCUUUACCGAAAAAGGCCAUGUUUCUUGGGUUGCACCACUGUUGAUAUGAAGGAUGCCAUGAUUCAAAUUAUGAAAUGGUGCUCUGGAUUGUUUCAAGUUGCUUUCUCAAGGUUUAGCCCUCUCACCUAUGGUGUGUCAAGGACGUCAAUUCUUCAGAGCAUGUUCCAUGGAAGCAUCACAUUUGCACCCCUUCACUAAAUUUCUUUCUUGAUUUGUGGAACCAUUCCUCAGUUGUGCUUUUCCAGUGGCAUUCCCCUGUACCCCAAGGUUUCAAACCCAUGGUUUGCGGUGUUUGCAACUGUAUAUGUAUCGUCGCUUUGCCAACAUUUAUACGAGGUCCUCUAUACCGUAUUACCGAUGGCUCAUUAAGGACAUGGUGGAAUGAACAGAGAAUAUGGAUAAUAAGGUGUGUAACAUCGUACUUACUCGGAUGACUAGAUUUCUUAUUGAAGUGGUUAGGCAUCAUGAAAGUGAAUUUCAGGUUGACAAACAAAGCCAUUGACCAACAAAAGCUCCAAAAAUACGAGAUGGGUGAAUUGGAAACUUCCAAGGUGCAGAGAUGUUCAUGGUUCCCUUGGGAAUAUUAUCCAUGUUGAACAUAGCAUGCUUCAUUGGUGGAAUGAAAAGGGUGUAUUUUGAGGGAAAUUUGGAGGAGUUGUUUGGUCAAGUUUUUAUUUCCUCCUUGACUCUAGUUCUUAGCUAUCCCAAACUUGAAGAUUUGGUAACAAAGAAAGCCAAGUAAAAGUUUGGUGGUCUUGGCAUUAGCCACUUUGUUUAGGGUACAAUAAUAAGUAGUUGUUAACUUUUUUUUUUAUAUUAGCAAAAGAAAAACUUUUUAUUGAUGAAUCAUAAGCUUACAAAUACAACAACAAUACAUCAAUAAAAAGCAUCAUAACAGAACAUAACCAUUUCAACUAGGUUGGUACCAAAAUGAACGCACAAUCAUAUGCUAGCACAUUGCCAGGUUUGGUGAGGCACCAAACAAAAGGCAAGGAGCAAUGGAAAUAAAAAACAGAAAUUAAAAAGCCAACACAAAGAUACACCCAAUAGCUUAAUCAAGCCCAUUCUUCCUCCAAGAGAAUGCUCCAGUAGUUUCAGCCCAGCAAACAGAUGACACACCAACACCCCUGCAGCAAAAAACACACAUGCAGCAGCAAAAAUCACUAGCACACACCUGCAGCACAUAAAGCUCUAACCUCCCACACCUCUGCUGCUCACAUUUGGAUGGCCCUAAGCAUCUCCUAACUUGCUGCAGAUUGAACACAACGUCAUUAACUGAGUAAUAGUCCCCAAUGCCUUUGGACCUCAUCCAGAUAGCCACUCUCACUUUUAUACAGUCACAGAGAUCAACAAAAUUGGGUUGGACAUUAUUAAAAAUGCAUUCAUUCCUAUAUUCAUAAGAAGUUGUUAACUUCUUAUGUAAA